AUCAACGCCAAUUCCUCUUUGUCGAGUUCAAGUACGCAUGUCGACUUUGAAAUGUCUGAAAAGAAAAGCCUUGAUAGGGCUUGGUUCGCUGUGUUUGUUAGGUUACCAGUGUUGGACAGACACAGCAGAAGCGAAGGCUAGAAGAGAUUUAGCGGACAGGACAACCUAACAUCAAGGAUCAUGGUUUACAUGAAGCAUGGGAGCUAAACGUCAGACAAAAUUUAUGCUUGGAAUUGUAUACCUAUGCUACUGCGUGUAUGGAAACUUCUUGGCCCUGUCAUCCGUGGUGGCGUUCGGAGCAAACAUUAUUUGUAAUAAAAUUCCUGAUUUGGUGCCAAAACAACGCUCCAUUUGCCAAAGAAGACCCGAUGCUAUUGUAGUUGUUGGUGAAGGGGUUAAACUCGGUGUUCAAGAAUGCCGCUAUCAAUUUCGAAACAUGCGCUGGAAUUGUACGCACAUAAGCUCCCGGAAUUCUCUGUUUGCGCACGUACACCUAGUACCCAACAAAGAAGCCGCCUUCAGCUUUGCUAUAGUAUCUGCAGGGAUAGCUUACGCCAUUACACAAGCCUGUAGCCGAGGUAACUUAAACCGGUGUGGAUGUGACAAAUCAAAGCUUCCAAACUAUUCCCAUCACGGUUGGAAAUGGGGUGGAUGCAGUGCAGAUGUCAAAUACGGUCUGUCAUUUUCUAGAAAUUUCGUAGAUAUCAGGGAAUUUACAGAAAACGCCAGAGCACUAAUGAAUGUACACAAUAAUCGAGCAGGUAGGAAGGUAAGUGUUUAG